AUGACGCCUAACAGGGCUGCACAUGAUAAUAGCUGCUCGAUGGCUUCCAGCAAUCAUAUCGAUGUUAUACCUCACAACCAAGACGCUGCUUCCGUUCGGUCUGAGGACGAAGAUGGUGAGGUAGAUGGAGACAUUGGCUCAUCUGCUAGCAACUAUGGCAGCUCUGGAUCUGCAAGUUAUUGCAGCACUAUCCGCAGUGAUGCUGAAGAUUAUUACUGGGAGAAUGGUCGAAGAUACCACGCUAUGGGUGGUGGACGAUAUCUUCUCCCGAACGACGACACAGAACUGGACCGGGAAGACAUGAAACAUCAUAUGUGGACCUUGGUUCUCGAAGGCAAUCUUCACCUCGCUCCUCUGGGUGGCAGUCCGCAGAAGAUACUGGAUGUUGGUACAGGAUCAGGCAUCUGGGCAAUGCAGGCAGCGGACAGAUAUCCGUCAGCUGAAAUCAUAGGUUUCGACAUUUCGCCGGUGCAACCGAACUGGGUUCCGCCGAAUCUGGUCUUCGAGGUAGACGAUCUCGAGCAAGAAUGGCUGUGGGGAGCAGAGUCAUUCGACCUUGUACAUUGCAGGUUCAUGUUCAUGUCUGUAUUGGACUGGCCCGCAAUGCUCGAGCAGGCGUAUCGAACACUCAAGCCUGGAGGUUACAUUGAAUUAGAUGAACUUGAUUUGAAACCCAUGCCGGCAGUCAAGGGCAAACCGAGCCCACCACUCAUUGAUGAGUGGUUUGCCAUACAAGGUAACAUUUUAUCGAAGAAGGGAUACAACAUGCGUAUCGCAUCAGAGUUCAAGCAGCUGCUUCUGGAUGCAGGAUUUGAAGAUGUGGUAGAGGUCGUACGGCCAGUGCCUUGGGGUAUGUGGCCGUCAGACAAGCGACUCAGGGCCAUUGGAUAUUGGCAUAUUGAGCAACUCAAAAUGGGGUUGCAGGGCAUCACAAUGGCGACGUUGACUAGAGCAGGUUGGACAGUGGCCGAGGUCGAAAUAUUCCUCGCUGGGUUGCGUGCAGAGAUGAAAGAUCCGAGAUGGCAGAUCCAGGAUCAGGCGUAUAUUGUGUAUGGCAGGAAGCCACUUUGA